AUGCGGAUUCUUCUUCUCUCCGCUGUCACGUCGACCUUCUUCGCUUUUGCCUACGGCGCUGGAAGUGCCGUCCAAGGCACCGGGUCAACCACUCGUCAGUGGUCCUGUUGCAAGAACUCCUGCUCUUGGCCCGGCAAAGCUCUUGUCGACAAGCCAGUCCUGACGUGCGACGCGAGCGACAAUCUCCUCGACAACUACAACAGGCGCGACGGCUGCGAAAGUGGCGGUGGCUCAUAUGCAUGCUCUGAUCUCAGCCCAUGGGCUGCGAGUAACGACUUGGCGUAUGGCUUCGCCGCAGUCAAUCUUGCAGCUUCGAACGAAUCCGCGUGGUGUUGCUCUUGCUACUCUCUGACGUUUACUUCCGGGCCAGUCAACGGAAAGAAGAUGAUCGUCCAAGUCACGAACACCGGGUCUGAUCUAGGAGAGGAUCAGUUCAACAUUGCCAUCCCUGGUGGUGGUGAAGGUUCUACCCAAGGAUGCACGAAGCAAUAUGGCGGCGCGGAUGUCUGGGGUCAAGACUAUGGUGGCGUAGCGCAUCGCGACGACUGCGACGCCCUCCCUUCUGCGCUGCAAGCUGGCUGUUACUGGCGGUUCGACUGGUUUCGAGGAGCUGACAAUCCUUCGGUCAACUGGGAGAAGGUGAAGUGCCCUGAAGCUUUGUCUGGCGUGUCUGGCUGCCGCCGCAACGAUGACCCAAUUCCGGGGCAGAAUACUCCUUCGCCGACGCCUACAACAUCCGCCCCCAUAUCUUCUGGUACUGUACAACCGGGAGGUCAAUGUGGUGGCAAGUCUUACAAAGGUCCCACCCGAUGCGUAGGAGGCACCGUCUGUACCUACGUCGACGAGAAUUCGUACUAUUGCCUCGCGGACCCAGCUAACACAAGAACAACUCCAACGACUACAACCUCUGCUAGUGCCGCACCUACCAUCGGCCUACCAUUACUCGCAAUGUCAGCCACCGGUCUCAUCUCAGAGAUCCACCAGCACGCGAACUCAGACAACUGCUAG